UCAGUCAUAGCCAGCGAAGCGUUGUUUCAAGAUGUCUGAUCUGAGGCUCUUGCUCCUGGUCGGCCUGCUCUCUCUGUCCCCGGGUCAAGGCGAGGGAUUCAACAUUACCUACCCAAUACACUGCUCUGGUUAUCGCGUUCAAGGAACCUAUUUUCCCCCUAAAGGCACGAACAUGACCUUACUGACCCUUGAAAUUAAGAACACGGACCAAGUCUUAUACGUCGGACCGAAGGGGAAUGGACCCUCCAAAAUACUUCUGAUGUUUGGAGGAAAAUCUGAGUCGGUCAACCUCACGACGCAACUCCAGAUCGACUUGAGGAAGGACGGUGUCAGAUUCGUUACUCCUGAAAAAAGGAAAAGCUAUUUUAAAAUGCAGUCGAACAGCACUUUGGUGUUGUCUAUUGAGUGUCCCAGUAUUUCCCAAAAAAUGUUUCUUGCAGCGAGCGGUCCCCCGGAAGACGUUGCCCACACCAGCCCGAGCAGCAUCUCAGCAGUCGAUGGUGAUAAAAGCAGUAAGACCUUUCUGGACACCACGGCGGGUAAGGACUAAGCCGAGUCAGCACUAACUGACACACUGUCAACAAGUCUACAGAGGCCGGGUUCCAAUCAUAACCCGGGCGAGGCUCAGCUUCGCAUAUCGGACUUACCCUUAUCCCUUUCUAAGUGUGACAAUUGAAGGUAUGGUGCGUAGACCGGCCAAAGGUAUAUUUUGUUUUAAUGUUGCUUCUGAUGAUGGCGAAAACCAACUGUUGUUUUACGAAACUGCGCUAUCAAACAGCUGUGUGACCUCCCGCAUUGGUCGCAUGGUCGCGUUCCUUCCCUCUCUCUUGGGUUUGGGCCCAGAAUGGCGUCAGGAGAAUUUCCAGUGUAAAAAAAAUUGAAAGUAAUAAUAGUUUUUUUUACGGAAUGACAGUCUUUACUGAGGUGGAGGAAUGCACACGGUCCCCAUGCGGUACCUUUUCUUUUUGAGGGUGUUGAUUGGGCAGACAGUAUUGGCAAAGAGUGGUAUUUUCCGUUCAUUAUUCCUGAGGUAAGAGAAUGAGAUCGGGAUUUUUUUGUAUGUGUGAAAAUCGUCCAGUGUUUGCGAUGUUUCACGCCUUCUUCUCUGGAAAGGGCCGAACCAGCCCUCCAGCAUUUAAGGGCUUGCAAGUUUGUCGGCAAUGUAAGAUCGACAGUUAUUUCCGUGUAGAUGUACAAUUUUCAGCCAGAUUUCAGAUUUCCAGGUUCUGCGCCUCCAAUGAGCAAUGUCUUCAGAUUUUGGCAAGGUUUGAUUCCCGAUCACAGCCAAAAGAAAUCCAUCCUCCCCAUCCAGGUAGGCGAGUGCUUGUAUAUCUGUAAGUCGCGACGAUGCUCUUAUUGAAUUGACUUCGAACUGCUAUUGACAUCAAAUAAACUGCAUUCUGAUUUACAUUUUUUCUCAUAGGCUUACCCUACUGACAUCAGAUUUCCGAAGAGAUUCGUUUCAUGUCCUCAUUCGCCAGCACCUCCUAGGCUCUUAGCCACCUUGACUCGCAAAUCUGCGCUGAGUUACACCUGCUGCAUGAAGCCCAACCAACGUGGAGGUAACUUAGGAAUGAGAUAUGCGAAUGACUGUCGUUUAAGCUUGAUAUCGAACAAGCUUAAGAAAUCUCUCACAUGUACGGUUUUCAUUUCACUUUUACUGAGUUUAUGAUUAUCACAAUGUGCAGCACUCACCACAAAACUGGAA